ACUCCACCCACAUUUCAGAGGGUUUAAAUACGCUCGGCUCUGAAAGACGACUAUCCCUCCACUUCUGCAGAGUCAGAUCCCGGUUGAACAUUCACGGCCGACAGACAAUAUAAAGACGCUCGUUGUCUCUGACACCAAACAGACCGACUGCCGCUGGACACUCAAAGCUAAAAAUGAGUAGAAACUACCUGUCCCACAACGACGAGCUUCGCAAGGGAGAUUAUCUGUUGUCCAACAACAGAGAAUGGAAGGCGAUUUUCCAGAAUGAUGGAAACUUCGUCAUCUAUGGCUGGAAACCGAUCUGGGCCUCUGACACCUGUGGAUCUGAUGCAGUCCGCCUGAUUAUGCAGGCAGAUUGCAACCUGGUCAUGUACAACAACAGUGACACCCCUAGAUGGCACACCAACUCCUACCAGCAGGGUUCUCAUGUUGGCCGUGUUCAGCUGACUGAUGACGGCAAACUGCUGGUGUACAAAGACUCCCAUGAAAUCUGGAGCUCUGCCAAUUCUAAAGGCAUGAAGUGAAGCUGCAACAUUAAAAAUCUCACUAGUUUGACUUCCCUGCAUUUAAAAUUACUCUUUCAAAGGAUCUUCUAGUGUUAGCUUCACUGCUUGGUAAAAAAAUGUUAAGGCACGACAUGUCAAAUCCAAUGCAGAAAUAUAAUAAACAUAUUUUCCUUCCUGUGUAAUGU